AUGAAGGCCAGCCAGUCCCCUUCGCCAUCAUCUGCCACUUCGGGCAAGACGCCAGGCAGUGCCACCAAUGCCAACUCACGGCGUCCACCUCGCAAGAGCACUUUGACGCAGCAGCAGAAGAACCAGAAGCGCCAGCGUGCCACCCAGGACCAGCUGACCACCCUCGAAAUCGAGUUCAACAAGAACCCGACGCCAACGGCCAACGUGCGCGAGAGGAUUGCGGAAGAAAUCAACAUGACCGAGAGGUCUGUCCAGAUUUGGUUCCAGAACCGCCGUGCCAAAAUCAAGCUUCUUGCCAAGAAGAGCCUGGAGACAGGCGAGGACAUUGACUCAAUCCCGGAGUCGAUGCGCACAUACCUGGCCAUGCAGGCGAUGGAGUCUGGCAAAGGUCUGGGCGGCCCAUAUAUGGGACGCACAAGCCUCAUGCCAUAUGGCUCCAUGAUGCUUGGGGGCGACCAGAACGGUCAGGGCAAGGUCUUGAUUCACCAUCUGACCUGCCGCUCUCUCAGCAUUGGCCGGUGGACACGGGUUGGACAGAAUACCAUGGACCUCAUCAUCUUCUACUCGCCUGAGAAGUGCACAAUGACCUACUACAUCAACAACGACCAGGCGGGCUACAAGAUUGAGUAUCAUUUCAGCUCGAUCAAGAACGUCUACAUCGAGAACGCCGAAGGAGACGCUAGCAAACCCGGCGGCAUUGUCAUCGAACUCAACCGGCCUCCUAGUUUCUUCAUGGAUUCGUCUCCCAAUUCCAACGGCUUCUUCCAGUGUGGCGAUUUCACCGAGGAUCAGCAGGCGACCCAGUGCCUUGUCCACCACCUCGGGGGCAACCCCAAGGUCUUGAGCGGACAGCUCGCAAAGCUCGUAUCCCUCGAGUCUUUCAUGAGCAGGCACAACCCUGUGGCGUUCGACCAGGUGCACAACUUGUCAGUCUCCGCACCCGUCUCGCCUCAACCGCGCCCGUCCUCGCAGCCAAACUUCGCGCAACCUCAUGUCGGCAUGUUCCCGGAGCCUCAGUGGGGUCUGAACCCAAUGCAGCCUCCCAUGCGUGGACCCGGCCACAAGCGCCAGCGCAGCCGCUCCGUGCCCAUGGCCGUGGACUUCUCCAUGCUCCAGACCCCGAUGCCUUCGUUCUACAUCCAGCAUCCUGGAGAGAGCCAGGGCCACCCGCACACACCGACCAUUUACUCGCCUGUGCCUCAGCAGGCUCACCCAAUGGGUGGUGCUGGGUCAAACCUCCGCAUCGACACGCAGGCUGGUUUCGGCCUCGACAUGCGCCAGUACCCGCUGUCCGCCGCGACUUCGGCCCCUUCAGAAUACACCAGCCCUGGCUACUUCUCCCAAGGUCCCGACAGCACUCCUAUGGCUGCAUCGAACUACGGUACUCCGUAUGCCGGCGGAUUCCUGUCUCCCAUGCCUCAGCAUGCCAGCAUGAUCCCCCAGUCUGUAUCUCCUCUGUCGUUUGGCAGCCACCAUGGAGAUCCUGCCAUUGUUGAGCAGUCGCCGCCUCCUGGAAGCAUGAUUCCACGCAGUGCCUCGGCCGACAUCUACCCGAUGGGCGAGUCCGCCAUUUCCGACGACGGCAGCAGCAUGAACGACUUCUACUCCAAGCACACCAUCAAGCUGCCCAUGCACCCCCAUUCCCCGGCUUACGUCGACUCCAGCCAAGCCGAGCUCGACAUGAGCCAGCUUGUGCAGUUCGACACAGUCGACCCCUCAAGCCUCUCGCCAGAGGCCCUCGGCCACCCGCAGUAG